UGGCGGCGCGCGGCGCUCCCCGCGCGGGCCGUGACGUGCGCGUGACGCAGGCGCGCAGCGAGCGCGUGACGCGGUCCCGGUCAGGGCGGGCGGGGCCGGUUUGAACGCGGGGCCGACGGGGCGAGCGCGGCGCAGAAAAUGGCAGUGAAUGUGUAUUCUACUUCAGUGACCAGCGAUAACUUGAGCCGACAUGACAUGCUGGCGUGGAUCAAUGAGUCUCUGCAGCUGACGCUGACCAAGAUCGAACAGCUGUGCUCAGGUGCUGCAUACUGUCAGUUCAUGGACAUGCUCUUCCCAGGUUCUGUAGCACUCAAGAAAGUGAAGUUUCAAGCAAAAUUGGAACAUGAGUACAUUCAAAACUUCAAGGUUCUACAAGCAGGUUUUAAAAGAAUGGGUGUUGACAAAAUAAUUCCUGUGGACAAACUAGUGAAAGGAAAAUUUCAGGACAACUUUGAAUUUGUUCAGUGGUUCAAAAAAUUUUUUGAUGCAAACUAUGACGGGAAGGAGUAUGAUCCUGUUGCUGCUCGACAAGGCCAAGACACAAUAGCACCAAACCUUGUUACUCCAGUUGUGAACAAAACCAGGAAAUCUCUCGGUACUGGCAGUGCAGCCCCACAGAGGCCCAUUGUUGCACAGAGGACCCCAGCAGGUCCCAGAGCUGGGCCUGGGAUGGGCAAAAAGGGUGGAGGAGAUGAAGAAUCAGCAGGAUUGAUCGAGCAGAUCAACGCAUUGAAACUUACUGUUGAAGACCUGGAGAAGGAGAGAGACUUCUACUUUGGCAAAUUGAGGAACAUUGAAUUGAUCUGCCAGGAGAAUGAAGGAGAGAAUGAUCCAGUGUUGCAGAGGAUUGUGGAAAUUCUUUAUGCCACAGAUGAAGGCUUUGUGAUACCUGACGAAGGAGCACCGCAGGAGGAACAAGAAGAGUAUUAACAGACCACAUACUGUACCAGCAGAGCAGCAACAUCAGAAUUCUUUGCCCCAGAUCAUGUGCUUAACUGUAAAAUACUCCACUUUAUUCUUAGAGGACUCACUGGUUUCUUUUCAUAAGCAAAAAAAAGUACCUCUUCUUAAAGUGCACUUUGCAGAAGUUUCACUUUUACAGUGGGUUUGAGUUAGGAGCUCUUUCUCACGCUGUAGCAGAGCAGUAUUCACAUCGAGGUGGUAUAUUUAGGGAGCAAGAGGCUGAAUAUUUGGAACUUGUUGCAGAAUGGUUUGCUGGUAAAACGCUGGUUUGUGGGAAGACUCUUUUUGUAUCUAAGGCGGUGUGCAGUAGAGAAAUUAAAGACUGACUCACAGAAAGAUUGAGUUAAUGUGAAAUUGCAGAACAGAAAUUAUAAUAAAUGCCUUAAGAGUAUUUAAAAUAUGCUUCCAUAUGCCAAAUUGAAGUAAUGUGAUGGGAGAUUUUAUGUGCUUCAUAUUGGGGUAGACGUUUGUUUAACUCCAUUCACUGCUGUCCGAGAGGCCUUGCGUGGCAGUCUCACUGUGUCAGCAAGUGCUCAAAAGGGGCUAUUAAAACAAAACUCCAUUCCUAUGUAAAGCUGCUUACUAAGUGAUUAGUUCUCGAUGAAAUGGGCCUUAACGUUGCCUGUCACAAGAUUAGAGGGAGUAUGAACAGCUGAGACACAUAAAUUACCUUGAAGAGUGCUGAAGCCUUUUUCUGUGGCAUUGUGGCUUUGCCAAAACGUACUGUGUUUUCUGUAAGAAAAGCAAAACAAAGCAAAGGGCACACAGUCUUACUGCCUAAAAUGUCCUUCAGAAGUGAUUUUUCUUCCUGGCUCUUGUUUUUAUUUGUUCUGUUUAUUUUCAUUUCUGUUGGAAUCCCUUCUGUUCUCUCACUUUUCCCUUUCCCAUCCCAAGGAAUGCUGAACACGCCCAAUAGUUGUAACAGGACUUGCACUGUGCAGCUGGCUUUGAAUGAAAGUGAAUUGAGCACAUGAGGAUGAUAUUUUUCUGUCUGCUUUCUUUUUUUUUUCCCCUUUGAACCAGGGCAUAUUAGUAAUAACAGUUGCCAGUUCAGUAAUCUUCUGGGGUAAAAACUAAAAGAUGCUGGCUAACAGAGCUAAUGUUAUUGCAGAAAAUACAGUACUGAGACUAACUUAAAUAUUAAUAUUUAAAAUACUUUCCUUAACUGUCCUUUUUUUUCUAUCAUGCCCCUCAUUACUGUUGUGUUUGGCAAGAUCCUGCAAGACUUCUGACCCCCUUUCACUACUGAGAUUGAUCAGUCCUGUUGUGCUUGUAUUCAUUUGUUUCUGGUGGUAGCUUGUCCUAAAAUGUGUGUAGGAGAGCAUUUUAUGGUAAUUGUGUAGUGCAUGAAUCUUUGUGAAGUUCAGAGAAAAACCCAAAUUCAGUGAAUGCCAAAAAUGCAAGUAUCUAGCCAUUGUUUAAAAUUGCAGUGGUGCUAUUUCUCUUGUGGCCUUUUAGACUUCUGUUGCCCUAAAACUCCAUUUUACUGAGAAACCAUAUUUGACUUGGAUUUUUCUUGACAGGGUUUUUCUAUUUUAAGCAGUUUCUAAAUAAAGUUCUGUAUUUCAAGAG